AUAAUAUAUUUGUGAUUUUAGGGUAUAACAAGCAGAAACAUUUUUUGACAUUAAUCAGGAGUUUAACCAUGGGGAAGAGAAAUAAUAUGAUCCCUAAUGGGCAUUUCCAUAAAGACUGGCAAAGAUUUGUCAAAACUUGGUUUAAUCAACCAGCUAGAAAAUACCGUCGUAAACAAAGCCGUGUAAAGAAAGCUCGUGCAGUUGCACCAAGACCUGUCAAGCUUUUGAGACCUGUUGUUCACUGCCCAACAUUCCGUUAUCAUACAAAAGUUAGAGCUGGUAAAGGUUUCACAUUAGAGGAGCUAAAAGCUAAUGGUUUGAACAAAAGGUUUGCUAAGACUAUUGGAAUUGCAGUAGAUCCUAGAAGACGUAACAAAUCAGUUGAAUCUUUGCAAACAAAUGCUCAAAGAUUGAAAGAAUACAAAUCGAAAUUGAUUCUCUUCCCACAAAAUGAAAAGAAACCUAAGAAGGGUGAUGCAACUGAAGAGGAGAUAAAACUUGCAACACAAGUUAAAGGAGAAAUCAUGCCAGUAAGACAUCAAGCACCAGCUAAAGCUAAGGCUCGUGUCAUUUCUGAGGAAGAGAAGAAAUUCUCUGCAUAUGUAACUCUUCGUAAGGCUAGGGCUGAUGCUAGAUUAGUGGGUAUUCGCGCAAAACGUGUGAAGGAAGCGGCAGAAAAUCCAGAUGAUGUUACCAAGGUUGCUAAGGACAAAAAGCCUAAGAAGUAA